AUGGCUGCUGAGCUAAUUCUGUCCUCGAUUCAGCUUCAAUCUCGUAAUAGUACGAGCUCUGGGAUGUGGAACAACGACGACAACGACCAUAAUAACAAAAAGGCACAGCCUGUGCACGAGGUGCAGGUGACUGGUGAAAAUGAAGACGAUUCGUGGGAAGUACGAGCCUUCGAGGAAGACAUUACUGCCGGGAACCAAAUGGGAUGCACUUGGCCUCCUCGCUCAUACACUUGCAACUUUUGUAGAAGGGAAUUCCGAUCCGCACAAGCCCUAGGUGGUCAUAUGAAUGUACAUCGACAGGAUCGUGCUAGGCUUCACCAACAACCACUUCUAAUUCCUUCUUCUUCUUCUUCUUCUUCAAAUGAUUUUUCUAAAUCUCCUCAUUCUUCCACAAUUCUAGUUCCAACUCAAGAAUUCUUACCAAAUGGACUUUGCCUUUUCUAUUCCUUGAGUAACCCUAAUGGUGUAUUUACUCAAAAUUCACCGUCUACGGCCGAUCUCGUUUCGGUCUCCCCUAAUUAUCCUCUGCCUAUUGAUAUGUCGGGCAGGGCUGUGCAUAGCGUGAAUUCAUCGCUGCUUUGUCACGAGUACUCGAACAAAAUAGAACCUUCAGCCUCCAUUAGCAAUGACAAUACUAACCAAGGUAACAAUACUAACGAAAGAGACAAAGAUUCAGCCAUUGAAGAGCUCGAUUUAGAGCUGCGUCUUGGAUGCCGAUCACCGACUCCGUAA